CGCGCGGUGGUGUCUGCCGCUGUCCCUGCGCGUCCCGUCGGGUGUCCAGGAGCGCGAUGGCCGAGCUGGUUCCUCUGGCCGAGGAGCUGUCGUGCUCCAUCUGCCUGGAGCCCUUCAAGGAGCCCGUCACCACCCCUUGCGGCCACAACUUCUGCAGGUCGUGCCUGGAUGAGACGUGGGUCGUCCAGGGCCCGCCGUACCGAUGCCCGCAGUGCCGCACCGUGUACCAGGUGCGCCCGCAGCUGCACAAGAACACGGUGCUGUGCGCAGUGGUGGAGCAGUUCCUGCAAGCCGAUCAGGCACGGACGCCGGUGGACGACUGGACGCCCCCUACCCGCUCCGCCACUUCCAGCUCGGCCACCCAGGUGGCCUGUGACCACUGCCUGAAGGAGUUCGCGGUGAAGACGUGCCUCGUGUGCAUGGCCUCUUUCUGCCAGGAGCACUUGAGACCGCACUUCGACAGUCCCGCCUUCCUGGACCACCCCUUGCAGCCACCCGUCCGUGACCUGCUGCGCCGCAAAUGUCCCCAGCACAACCGCCUUCGGGAAUUGUUUUGCCCCGAGCAUGGCGAGUGCAUCUGCCAUAUCUGCCUGGUAGAACACAAGACCUGUUCCCCUACACCCUUAAGCCAGGCCAGCGCCGACCUGGAGAACAAACUGAGGCAUAAACUGUCCAUCAUGCACAGUCACAUCAGCGGGGCAACCAGAGCACUGGAGGAUGUGAGAGCCAAGCAACAGAGUGUGCACGACUCUAUGAGUAGGAAGCUGGAACAACUGAGACAAGAAUAUGUGGAGAUGAAGGCCGUCGUUGAUUCAGCAGAGACCGGCUCCACUCGCAGGCUGAAGGAGGAGGAGAAGAGGGUCUUCGGAAAGUUGGACACCGUCUACCAGGUCCUUGUCAAGAAGAAGAAAGAGAUGCAGGACCUGAAGGCAGAGGUUGAGCUCACCUUGGCCAAAGGGGACGAGUUUGAAUUUCUGGAGAAAGCUGCAAAGUUGCAAGAAGUGUCAACGAAACCAGUCUACAUCCCUAAGAUUGACCUAGACCACGAGUUGAUAAAGGCGGUCCACCAGGGCGCGAUGGACCUCAAGAAUGAGCUGAAACGCUCCAUCAAGCAGCUCCACGAGAGGGCUGAGGAGUCCAUUGGCCCAGGUGACGUGGGAGGUCAUGGUACAGAGUCCACAUCCAAACCUACACGCCCUGUGAAGAAGCCCCAACAGGAUAAGAAGGCCAAGAAAACCCCUACUGGCCCCACUCCCAGCUCUCCCUCAUCCAACAAGCCCACCUUUGGAGCUCCCGGGCAGUCAACGGAUUUUAAAACAACUAUCCCUGAUGCCCCACCCAAAGCCAACACCCCACAGCCAAACUUGACUGCGCUCAAAGCCAAGGUGCUAGAAAACUUCUUAGCCAAGUCUAGAGCCGAGCUUCUGGAGUAUGCUGUUAAAGUCAUCUUCGACUACAAUACUGCCCAUAACAAGGUGGCUCUGACAGACAACUACACCACCGCUUCUGUGGCCGAGGGUCUUCAGCAGUACCGCUCCCAUCCCCAGAGGUUCACCUACUGUUCUCAGGUCCUGGGGCUGCACUGCUAUAAGAAGGGCAUUCACUACUGGGAGGUGGAGCUGCAGAAGAACAACUUCUGCGGCGUAGGCAUCUGCUACGGCAGCAUGGAGCGGCAGGGCCCCGAGAGCCGGCUGGGCCGGAACGCCAACUCGUGGUGUGUGGAAUGGUUCAAUAACAAGAUCUCGGCCUGGCACAACAACGUGGAGAAAACUCUGCCCUCCACCAAGGCCACGCGGGUCGGUGUGCUUCUCAACUGUGACCACGGCUUUGUCAUUUUCUUUGGUGUCACUGAAAAGGUCUGCCUGAUGUAUAAGUACAAGGUGGACUUUACUGAAGCCCUGUACCCAGCCUUCUGGGUCUUCUCUGCAGGCACCAAGCUUUCUAUUUGCUCCUCCAAGUAGGCAAGCCGCUAGGCCAGCCUCAGCCUCAGACACUUGGACUUGCCGAGAGUCACUCAAGACUGGUCAAAACACCGUAGAAGGGGUUCUCCUAGGAGAACUUCUGAGUCCCCAACAGAUAGAUUUGGCUUAGAAAGGGGUGGGGUGAUUGUCUUGUGGGUGGGGAAGCAUAUCUACCUCCCGGUGCCCCUGAGGACAGGGUGACUCCCCUCCCAAUGUUCUGGGAAAUCUCUCAGUCUGCUAACCACUUGGGUAGAGCUUCCGAGAGUAAAAUCAUUAGUGCUCCUGUUUUCUUUUUUUCUUUCUUUUUUUUUUUUUGAGACAGGGUUUCUCUGUAGCUUUGGAGCCUGUCCUGGAACUAGCUCUUGUAGACCAGGCCGAUGUCCCGAGUGCUGGGAUUAAAGGCGUGCGCCACCACGUUUUCUUUCAGGUGAUGGAUGUCCACUCUUUGGGUUAGCCUUCAGACCUUCGUGUUUUGAUUAUGCUCUAGAUUAAAAAAAAAACAAAAAAAACAAAAAAAAAACAAACAGGUGUAGUGGUCGAGGCCUCUAGUUCCAGCACUUGGGAAAGCAGAGACAAGUGGAUCUUUAUGAAUUCGAGACCAGCUUGGUCUACAUAGUGAGUUUCAGGACAGCUGAAGCUACAUAGUGUGACCCUGUCUCAACAAACAAGCCAAACAAAAAACAAGCGAACAUCCAGUUUUUGGGAUCAGCAUGUAUAUUAUCUCUUUGGCACCAGGUAUUGAAUCUCAGACCUUCAUAUGCUCUACUUCUGAGCCUAAUCCCUACUCUGAGUUUCCAUAGAUCUCUUCCUCCUGGGAAUCUUUUGUAGGUAAGGCUUCGAACUCCAAUCUGAAUCAGCUUGUGUCAAUGAACCCUGAUCUGGUUGAGAUGGAAUCUCUCCCUCUCCAAGGGCAUCUCACCAGGGACAUGUUGACUGGCCAUAGAGCUGGAGGCCUUUCUUCCCAUAACCUGUGCUGGGAGUGGGGGUGGGGGAGCAGAACCCUGGCUGGAUUCACGGGAGCCUGAUGGCUUUGCUCUUACUCAUGUCUUGCCUUGAUUGCUGUCUUCAGCAGUAAUGUCCCCUUCCUCUGGGUUGUAGAUACUGGGCUGUGGCUGUACAUGUCACCCUUUGUUAAGUGGCCAGCCACACCCUCAUUCUCAUACCCUACCGUCAUGUAGAUGGGAUGCAUGUGGUAGCUUCAGGAGCCAUGCAAGAUCACCCACUGAGGUGACUCAGGGGCCUGAAGGACCUGUAGGAGACAGCCAUUGUCCUGUUUUUCCCUUAACCACAGACUGUAGGCCCAGGGCUGAGUCCAAGACUCAUCCCCUAACCUGGACCAUUCUGCUGUAUUCCUCAUUUGAGCCAAUUCCAGAUGCUCAUAUAGACCAAACUAUAAGUUAGGAAGACCUUUUCAGGAUAAGGGGAAAAAAAAAAAAAAAAGGAGGGUCCAGCCAGUGGCUGUUUUCUCUGCGGUCUUUCAUGCAAUGAAAAUAGCCCAGACCACUAAAGGGCAGGGAUAGAUGACCGAAAUCUCCCCUCCCUCCUUCUGUACUGACGUCAAAUCCAGAACCUGUGAGGAUUUGGCCUCUUGUGACAGGAGUCUAGCUCUCUUUCCUAUGUGGGGAGCUCCCUCUUAUAAGCCUUCCUAUGAAGAGAGGUCACUAUGGGGGAAGGUAGGGCCCCUAGACCUUUCAUAUGGAUGGAUACUUGAGAACAUAGCACAUCUCAGAUCUAGUAAUGGAAUUCCAGGGCUCUCAGCAUUGACAUUCCUGAUAGAUGUGUGACCUGUGUUCUCUCCCAGAGGAAUGAUCUGUUCCCUGGGAGUGUCUUUGCAGAGGCCAUGUCCCUGUAGAUGAUAUGUGGCCUUUGAAACCUUUUUUUUUGAAACCUUUUUUUUUUGUUUGUUUGUUUUAUUUUUUUGUCUUUGCUACACAAAUUCUUGGUGAUUCUUCUCUGAAUUUGAAGAUGUCUAAACGCAUCUUCACCGAUCUUCUGAAACAAAGCCUGUUUGCAACCAAGUCAGACUUGGGAAACAUCUAGGUUUAGAGAAGUAGAAUGCCAAGGUUCACUGAGGGGUCCUGCUUGGGCUCUUCUGCAGAAAUGAGACCAGCAGUCAAGACUCUUCCCAGGUAGUGUGCAGCUCAGGCCUGAAAGGCAUAUGUCCCUCUGUUUAUGAGAGUCAAGCAGGCCACCAAAGCCCAGAGCUGUUCGAGGUGCUUUGGAGUUGUAAGUGGAGGAGUGUACCCUUGUUGUCUGGUACCUUUCUGUUUGCAAUGGCAAGACCUCACCUUCCCCGCAGCCGUUUCUGUAAUCCUGUACCUCAGGGUCCUGGAAUGGACAGAAACUGUGUAUUCAUCUCACCCUUGUGCAGAAUCCCUUGGGCAGGUGGGAAGGUGGAGGAUGGAUGGCUCUGGUCACUGCUCUUGUCAUUCCAGCAUGGUAGAGAUGCCUAACAUGGGUGACAGGAAAACCCCAGGGUCCUGUAGACAUACAGAACUUGCCAGAAACUGUAAAAUCCUAGCUGGGUGCUAUCUCAGUCACUCCAGCAUGAUAAACUAAAGGUCAGGUCUUUGUAUUAUUCAGGACUGGCUGACUGGUCUUUUUAAUCACUUGGAGACUGAUUUUCAAUCUGUUACUAAUAUCGAUGUUAUUGUUUACACCAUUUACUUGUCUCUAUUGAUUUUAGUUAAUUACUAAUGUUUCAGCUGAUGACUUCUUGGACGUAGUGUUUUAGAGGUGAUUCAUUACCAAGAUAAUCAUCAUAAACAGGGCAAGGCUGGCCGUUCCUCACUCUGAAUGCAGUGUAGUAGAAUUCUGUGUCCCCUGGGAAUUGAGGUGUGGGGGGAAGAAAUUGUCCCUUACUCUGAAAUCCACUGAUGAGGUACCCACCCCUGAAAGCUACUGCCCAGCGCCUCUGGGUGCUCAGGCUCCACUCCAGAUCCCUUGAAGCCUACGUUAGUGUAGCGUCGAUUGCAGGGAACUUUGGGGAAAUAAUACUCAGAGAGAGGGUGUGGGGGCUUCGCUUCAAGAUAGUGCCAAGGUGGAACAUUGUUGAAAAGUAAGCCCCGUUUGAGUAACCAACAAGGAGAGAUGGGAACCCGGGGCUUGUUUUCUUAAUCUUCCUAAUGUUGUUGCAUAGGCUUGAACAUUUCUGUCGUGAAAAGUUAAAUAGCGAAAUGCAAAACAGGCCAGACCAGAAGAUGGACGCCGUUCAUGAUCUUUGCUACAGAGGAAUGGGUGUCUCAGGAAAUGCUGGCUAUUAAAGCAUUUGGCUGGCCUUUGUCCCUGGUUUGGGGACAUGUGUGUGUGUGUGUGUGGGGGGGUGUUAAGUCCUUGGAGUUUCCUGAGAGGAUGGACUGUCAUUGUUAUUUGCCUGGUGGGAGAUGACCGAGGAUGGCAGCUAGCCAAUAUAAAGACCAGUUUGGUGACUGAUUAGAGGGCUGAGGCAUUGAACUUGAAGGACCCCUCUAGGGGAGAAGAGAGAACUGGGGAUUGAGGUGAGUCCAAGACCUCUGGGAAUCCUGCCGGUAAAUGAUGGUUCAAAUCCAGCUGUGGUGGAGACCUGUGCAUCUUCUCUGCAGAUGGGCACACACAUAGCUGUGCUUCAUUCAGGCUGAUGCACUCUUGUCCUAGGGUGGCUGGGCAAGGAAGCUCUGUGCUCUAGACCCUUCCAGACCUUGCCCUGUUUGUGUUUCUAUGUUACUCCUUUUGAUUCUUUUCAUUUUAAUAAAGUUAAAAUCAUAAAUAUA